GUUCGAAGUCGUGCGCCAACAUUCUGUUCAACGUACUGUCAUAUAUAUCCCUUCAACGGAACUGCUUGUUUGACGUAUCCUUUUUGCAACCAUGCACACGAGCGGCACGCUGUCUGACCAGCUAGUUCACAUCACGGUGCAUUCAUGCGUCCAUCAGUCUGUUCGGCCGGCCCUCUCGCACCCUCUAGCUAAUUGAGGGCCGCCUUGCCCUCCACACGCCCGGAUACCGCCACACCAGCAACAGCCUGCACAGACAGAGGCAGACCGUGGGCAAAAUGGCCAUCUGGACAGAUUGUGUUGACUCUGUUUCCCUCACCGUUGUUGGUGCCGCCUCGUUGCCAAAUAUCUCCUUGACGGGUGAAGGUGGCGGCCCCUCUCGCCCACUCCAUGGCAGUGCCAGCCCGUCAUCGCGCAGAUACAGGGAGGCCGGAGACACAGGUGAGUCACUUGCGGCGGGGGGCUGUGGGAGUAGGUAAUGGUCGGUCGGCUCCUGGGGGGAAGGGUAGGUGGUAUCUUGCUCAUCAAGCAGAGCGCCCUUAGAAGGAGACUGCUGCUCGCCUGAAUGAAUGAAUGAAUGAAUGAAUGAAUGAAAGACACGACAUCGAUCGAAAGGGCCGUCAGAUUCGUGUGCACCUACAUAUCUAUCUGUACGCCAGGCUUACCGACGGACACCUCAUCCCGCGGCGACACGGAGUCUGUUGUCAGCCCUCGCUUCUCCCCCCUCUGCCCCUCGCACACACCACCACUGACUCCUCUGGGCCGUGGGAUCAUUGACGGAUGGCAGGGACCAUCACUAGAGGGCUUCUCGAUCAGCGGCACCGGCACCGGCGGCCGCCAGAUGCAGGGAGGAGGCGACUGCUCCUGUUCGCUGCCCGCAUCCUCCCUCCCAUCCUCUCUCUGUGCCCCCCUCGGCAGCCGCGGAGGUGUGCUGGCCUCCUGCACAACAUCGGGUAUGGUCUUCCUGCCAGGGUGCCUUGGCGGACGGGGGGCCGCCUUGACGGCUGCUGGAGGCUUCUGGAUCAUGGCGUAUGGCGGUUGCGUGGAGGGGUGGUGGGCCAUGGAGGAUCUGGCGAGUGUGCGGAGGUAUGCGAUGCGCCGGCGGUACUUGGCGUGUCGGAAGUGGCGCUGGAUGAUCUUGGCCGCAAUGGUGCGCAGCUCGUAAGCCAUCAGCUGAGAGAGAGACACCACAAGUACACCCACAGCCAAGCCAAGAGCCACUCUUCCCCUGUUCACCUGCUGUUGCUUCAGUAUGGCCUCCAUGUCUUCCUCCUCCUCAUCAGCUUGUUCUUCUGUUGGUGCGUUAGCGCCGCUGUCCCCGCUGUCCAGACCCGUGUCUCCUUUGUCCUUCUCAUGUGUCACCUCUGCCAGGUCGCCCACAUGAAGAGCGUCUGCAUUCUCACUGCUCCCUGCUGCCAGCGGCGCCACCAUGGCCUCUGUGGGGCUAUGUCGACAGGGGGAUGCACUCAUACUCGACACUGCACAACAUAUAUAACAUAAAUCACUCAACAAGAGUCAGUCAGUGAAUUUACUUCCUCGAUCAGUCACCACCCAUACUUACCUGACCAGUCCAAUUCCGUCCCGUAGUCCCCACCCGAGUCUACACACGACACAGCAGCACCAGCAGCACCAGGGGCAACAGCAGCAGGGGGGGUCUGUGGAGAGGGAGCCCGCCCGUCAACCCUUCCUUCUCCCUCGGCAGGCCCGGGUGGCUCUGGCAGCUGCACACGAGGCGUGUCACCAGUUCGCUCGCGCUGCAGCUGCGAGGGCGAUACCGACGACGCACCGGGCGGAUGGAGACCUCGCCGUGAUGUUGAGGGAGGCGUCUGUGGCACGUCCGGAAGAGUCCCCUUCUGCUGUGCGUCUGGAAGGGGAGCUGGCGGGACACCGCCGCCCCUUUUGUCGCUCUCCAGUGUGAGCAUGGGUGACGGCAGCUCUUCCACAGAUGGACGUGACCGUGGGGGAGGGGAAGAUGGCCGGCCCAUGUCCAUCGAGGGGCUCCUCUCUCCCUCUCCUUCUGCCUCUGGAUGCGUGGCCUCCUGCUCUCGCUCAUGUGCUGCAAGAGGGGACGGUGGUGCGAGUGGCUUGGGGGGAGGGAGGGCACGGGAUGAUGACAGACGGCUGUCGGGCGACGUGAGCUUUUCGAGGGCGGACUGCAGCUGCUCUACCUCACGAUUCUUGGCUUUCAGGGCCUCCUGCAGCUGGCCUAUCGUCUGAGGGAAAAGAAGAAUAGAGGUCAAGGAGAAGUGAAAGCGGGUUGCCGUGCCGUGCAUCAAGAGUGGGUGGAUACGUGCCUGUAGGUUGGCUUGGUUUUUGUGUUCGAGCUGGGUGCGCGCCUUCCGGAAGGCCUGCUGCCGCUGCCACAUGCUGGCAAGCUCCUCCUGCACAGCACACAACCAACGACGCACUCUGUUCUCUGCCUGUGCUUUGCCCGGGCUUGGCUUGCGUGUCUCCUUGCGUACCUCAGCCUUGGUUCUCCUUGUGUGUUCGCUCUCGAAGUCCAUCUGCAGCCGAUCCCUCUCCUUCCGGAGGGCACGCAACCGGUCAUCUGUACGCACACGCAUGGAUGUCACCCACUGUGGUGUGAGUGCGGCUCGAUUCCCUGACCUUUGUAGUGUAUGGAGCAUCUGAGCCUGUCGAGGUCGUCGCCCUCUGUCGACCGCACACCCACAGAACCCACCGACUCCUGGCCAUCUCCUGCAGACCACAACACACACAUGCGUAUACGAACCAGAACAAUGUCACAUGAAGACAGAAAGAGCUACCUGUUAUCGGCACAGCUUGUGCCCUGCCGCCUGUCGAUUUCGCCCGUGGGGCCCCGAUGCGUGUGCGAGUUGAACGAUGUGUUGGCAGCAUGGCGCGGACCUCCUCAAGUUCCUUCUCGAGCUGGGCACUCCUGGCCAGCUCCGCCUGUGUGGAUGGACACACAGAUGUGUACCGAUUGUGUGGGUCAGUGAGCGCCUUUGUUUGAUGUAUAUGUGUGAUUACCUGUAGUUCCUUGUCUCUCUGGUGGAGGGAUUUCUCGGUGGUGACUAGCAGAUGGCUGGUGCGGGCCAGCUCCUCCUGAAUCGCCUCAAGCGCUGAUGAAGAGAAUGGACAAAUGCGCAGUAUUGGUCGGGUGGAGCAUCACGUCGGGAGUGUGUGUGUUGUGUACCGUUCCUGUCGAUUUGGUUGGCCUCUGCCUCCCUCAGCCUGUGACUCAUCAACUCCAGCUCACAUAUCAGCUGACACAAACACACACACGUGACAAAAGCGUCAGCAUCAUCGGCGUGAGUAUGAACCAUGUGGGUAGCUCGACCUACCUUGGACGUGUCAUCGCAAUGCUUCUUAUUCUCCUUCUCGGCGGCCUCCAGACGGCUCUUGUAACCUGUCAUAAAGAACAAAAUACAGCUAGAGAGUUGCAGUCCAGUGCAGUGCAAUGCACUCGUCGUACUCACUCGAUGCCACCCGGCUGAUACGGAAGUUUCGCUCGCUGAGUUCCGCAAUGCGUUGGUCCUGCUGCCGGGCCGCCUGGUGGGCCUCCCGCUCGACAUGACUCCUCUCCUUCAACUGCACAACACACAACAGAGAAUACGCAUUGAAAGGCAACAGCAACAAUGGUUAUGUUCAUUGCAAAUGACCUGUUCCUUGAGUGCUCUGGUCAGCCGCUGCAGCUCCCUGCGCUCCCUCUCAUCCACGUCCCUCCUACGACGCCCUUCGUUGUCAUCCCACGGAGUCCGACUCUCGCGAUAAGCAGCCAACGCGGCCUGAUGCGAUGGGCGAUGGGCCGACAACCCGCUGAUAGUGCUGGGAGAUGACAUGUAAGAACGACUCGACGCCAUCGCACCGAAGCG